UUUUCCCAGACCCCUCCUCCCAAGGUGCAGUACUAGCGCCCUACUCUGCACAGAACGACGAGACCCGAGCACGCUCCAGGAAGGCCUCAAACUAGCAGCUCCCGCCGCCGCCGCCAUCCGAAACCAGCUGAAAGAUGGACCCCGUGGUCAUCGUCUCUGCAGCCAGGACUCCCAUAGGAUCCUUUAAUGGUGCUUUAUCUACUGUACCUGUCCAUGAGCUGGGUCGAAUAGUCAUAAAAGAAGUCCUCAAGAGAGCCAGUGUUGCUCCAGAAGAUGUGUCCGAGAUCAUUUUUGGGCAUGUUUUGUCAGCUGGGUGUGGUCAGAAUCCUGUGCGACAGGCCAGUGUGGGGGCAGGCAUCCCCUACCCUGUGCCAGCUUGGAGCUGUCAGAUGAUCUGUGGGUCAGGCCUCAAAGCCGUGUGCCUCGGGGCCCAGUCUGUUGGGACUGGGGAGUCCAGCAUUGUCAUAGCUGGAGGCAUGGAGAGCAUGAGCAAGGCUCCUCAUUUUGUUCACUUGAGAACAGGAUUAAAAAUGGGAGAGACCCCUUUAAAGGAUUCUGUGAUCUGUGAUGGUCUUACAGAUGCAUUCCACAACUAUCAUAUGGGUAUUACAGCUGAAAAUGUGGCUCAGAAGUGGAAAGUGAGUAGAGAAGACCAAGAUGGAUAUGCUGUCUUGUCACAGAAUAGGACAGAGAAUGCUCAAAAAGCAGGCUUUUUUGACAAAGAGAUUGUACCUGUUUCUGUGCCUUCCAGAAAAGGGCCUGUGGAAGUUAAAACAGAUGAAUUUCCUCGCCAUGGAAGCACUUUAGAAGUAAUGUCCAAGCUGAAGCCUUGCUUUCUGACAGAUGGAUCAGGAACAGUAACUGCUGCUAAUGCUUCAGGAAUAAAUGAUGGAGCUGCUGCUGUGGUUCUCAUGAAGAAGUCAGAAGCAGAAAGACGAGGUCUUAAACCAUUAGCCCGAAUUGUAUCCUGGUCACAAGUUGGUGUAGAACCUUCUAUUAUGGGAUCAGGACCAAUUCCAGCAAUAAAGCAGGCUGUUGCCAAAGCAAAUUGGACACUAGAGGAUGUUGAUGUGUUUGAAAUCAAUGAGGCUUUUGCAUCUCUUGCUGUGGCAGUAUCAAAGGAACUUGGAUUAAACCCAGAAAAGGUCAACAUUCAAGGUGGAGCAAUAGCUUUGGGACAUCCCAUUGGGGCGUCUGGAUGUCGGAUUCUUGUUACUCUGUUACAUACACUGGAAAGAAUUGGAGGAACCCGUGGAGUUGCUGCUCUCUGCAUUGGAGGGGGGAUGGGAAUAGCAAUGUGUGUUCAAAGAGGAUGAGAGUCUCAACAAAGGGUUGAACAAGUUAACCACAUUUUAACUUUUUAAGUCUUAAAAUGAACUAAUUUAACUACCUAUGAAAAUGUUUCAGGGACCAAAAAGAGCAGAGGAAAGAUGUUUUAUUUUCUCUUUCAUCUCCCUUAUAAAAACUCAAAUCAA